CGCGGACGGCGCCGCGAGUCGGUGUGUCAUCCGCUGCUCCAGAAAAGGAGCCCUCGUUCCCUCGCCCUCCCCUCCGAGGGUAAUCUCCCGAGUCGCGCUCCGGAUUCCGCCGUGACAGGUGUCCGGAGGCCGCGUCGGCGUCGUCGCGCGGCGACUGCGGCGCUGACCUGGGAGCUGUCACGGGGUCGCCGUUUCCCGAGACUCGGCCCACUGUGGGCGGACGCGGAGAGAGGAGAGAGGAUAGAACCGAGUACGCAGUGGAGGUGUACCGUUAUCGCGGACACGGGGCUACACGCGGACACGCUGACAGCUCACCCUCGUGGGCAUCAUGGCUAAUCGGAUGACUGCUCAAAGGCCAAAUGGUUCCACGCAAGGGAAAAUUUGUCAGUUUAAAUUGGUAUUAUUAGGAGAAUCUGCUGUCGGGAAGUCCAGCCUCGUACUGAGGUUCGUGAAGGGUCAGUUUCACGAGUAUCAAGAGAGUACAAUAGGAGCGGCAUUUCUAACACAGACGGUAUGUUUGGAUGACACGACCGUAAAAUUUGAAAUUUGGGAUACUGCUGGUCAGGAGCGUUACCACAGUCUUGCACCUAUGUAUUAUCGGGGUGCACAGGCAGCAAUUGUUGUUUAUGACAUAACAAAUCAGGACACAUUUGUACGUGCCACAACGUGGGUGAAAGAACUGCAACGGCAAGCCAGUCCGGCAAUAGUGAUAGCACUUGCAGGAAAUAAAUCAGAUCUCGCUAACCAGCGCGUAGUGGAUUUCGAGGAAGCUCAGAGUUAUGCUGAAGAAAAUGGCCUUCUUUUCAUGGAAACGUCUGCCAAAACCGCCAUGAACGUUAAUGACAUAUUCCUUGCGAUCGCUAAGAAACUUCCAAAGAAUGAACAAGCAGGAAGCGCGAGUACGAGUGGACAGGGACGUCGGCUAGUCGAAUCAGAAGGACAGAAAGCAGCAGCUGGCAAUUGCUGCAAGUGAUUAUCCCAAUCCGUACGUGUUACACGUAUUACGUUGGUACAUAUUUUUGCAAUGUUUAAAUUUACUUUCCCUGGAAUUAUCGGAGAGGUGAUCGAGAAUAAUUGAUAUACGUCAGUCAGAUCGUUUGAACCUGUGGUUCGAUCCAAUCAUGUGCUAUGUAUUUUCCUUUAUGUAUUAUUUACAUACAUAUAUAUAUAUUUUAUAAUAAUAGGAAAAUAUGUUACACGGCGGAUACUGUGUUGGAAUGAAAUAGUUGCGUGUUUAUACAUCUCGGGGAUGAAGUUUAGCUCGCAACCGUUUAAAAAAAGAAAAAAAUUAGUAUUACGAGACAGUGAAGGAAAGAGUAGACGAUUAAAAUAUAUAUAUUCUAUUUUUAAUUAUAAAUCCAUUCUGGAGUCAGAUUAGUGUUCGUUUACACGUGUACUAUAGUUUCGAGGGAGCAAGCUAAAAGUAACGCUACUGCGUACCUUUAUAAAAAAAAUCUAUACGUUGGGAAAAUAACUCUUCUCUUUUUUUUUUACGAAAUUGUACUUAGAACGUUAAGUUAUUUAAUUGGUGCAUACCACUCUAUGAACAUUGAAUGAAAAACUUUAGCUAGAUGAGAUUGUACGUUUCUUUUUGAGUGAUUACAUUUUGACACAUGGCCAAAUGAAAUGAAAUACGAAUUAUGGUUUCUUCCGCUGCUAGCUCUACUCUUCGUUUCUCUUUUUAAUCGCAAUUGCAAAUUCGGUGCAUUUUCAUGCAUUUAUUUUCUAUCUUCUUGUCCCAGAAGUAGAGGAUUCCACAGUUUUUGCGUUUGUUUCUUCAUUUUUCUUUUCUGCGUCGUAAUCUAUGUAUUCCGAUCAAUAAGUCUCUCAACGUACAUAGUAUACCUUAUUUUAGAAACCCUCCUGGUGUUUUGCAAAAAACAAUAUAUCUCAAUGAAAUUUUAAACACUAUAUUUAAGCAUACCUCACUGAAAUUAUUUAUGAUAUACUGCUUUGUGUUACAUCAAAACGUAUGAUUACGUGCAUCAAAGUAUAUUUUUGUUAAAUGUAAGUGACGGUCUUUGACAGUUUACUCGUAUUUCAAGGGAAAAAAAAAAAGAUUAUGUAGUCUAUUACCAUGCUUCUAGAUAUAGUGAUUUAUUUGUUACACAUUUAGAUGAAUUUCCUCUAAGAAUGGUGUUUCAAAGUACAGUAAUUUUAUAAUUGUAAAUAACUUUUCAAGUUUAAUCUUGUCUGUGAAGGAAUAAACGUUUCAGGGAUA